AUGCCUCCCAAGCGCGCCGUCAUCGUCAUCAACACCCCGCCCCAGCAGCGCUCCCCAAAGAACCUGAACCGCCUGCUGUCUCUCCCCGACCACCUGCGCCGCAGGAUCUACGCCCUCGUCUUCUUCAACGUCUCCGAGAUCGUCUUUGACCCCCGCGGCCGCCGCGACCUCACCCGUCGCGUCCGCAAGGGCCAGCCUGAAGCCUUCUACCCGACCGCCGACCGCCUCUUCCUCCUCACCUGCCGCCAGAUCUAUACUGAGGCACGCCCCGUCUACUGGGCCCAGUCCACCAUCAGCGCGGGCGGCAGCACGACCUUCGCCCUCCUGGCCGAGAGGCUGUCCGACCUGACCAAGGCGCACGCGGGCCACCUGCGCAACAUCGCCUGGGACGCGGGAUCCCACCAUGUGCUCGCGCAGUUCCCCCAGGCCAAGACGGUCGGCAUCCGUUGCGGCUGGCAGAAGCUGUUCCCUGGCGAGUACGACAACGUCACGCGCAACGACCGGUCCAUCAUCGCCCACCUCAUGGAGAAGAUUCGCCGCAAGCCGAAGGAUGUGCUCUGUCGGGGCGUGCAGUUCCUCAUCGACGCCGAGCUGUCCAGAGGCUGA